CAGAAUAAACAUCACGUGGCCAUGGAAUGGUUUGGUCAAGCAAUUGACGAAGAUGAAACAUUUUAUUUAUCGUUAAAAAAUAUUUUUGUUGAGUUUCAUUUAUUAAAACAACCUGAUCAGGAGAUUGAAUCUUUGCAGCUUCUAGUUAAGGCUACAGCAAAUCAAAUUCAACAUCCCUAUCCUUACAAUGCAGAUGUAACUCAUGUAGAAUCACUGUAUAUGAUAGCUAAACAUCUUUUAGAAAGAGAACAAUAUGAAAAAUCAGCAGAAUGGUUUACACAUUUGUUAGAGGUCUUAGAAGAGAAGAAUGAUAAUCAGUGUUACAGAGUAUCUAGUAAUUUCUUCCUUCAACUUUCAAAUAUUUAUCAUCAAGCGGCAUAUGCUCAUUUGCACUCUAAAAAUUACAAAAGAUGCAUUGAAAUAUGUAGUAAAUUAAUUGAAGAUUAUUCUUCUAAAGACGAUUUGUUGGAAGAAAAUAUUUCUAAUUCCGAAGCUUCCAGUUAUACGGAUUCUAAAAAACAAUUUGAAACUUUAUGCAUCGAUGAUGAUAAAGUAAUUAGGAUAUUAGAGAAUACAUCAUCUGAUGUAAUUUCAUUAAUGAUGAGAUCAUCUGCUUAUUAUCAUGUAAAUGAUAAAGAACAUGCAUUGUUUGAUCUUAAAAGGUUACGCAUCAUCCUACAGACAAAAUCCAGCAUGAAUACACACACAAUACAUAAUCGUGCAAAACGAAUAAAAAUUGAUGAAAUUGAGAAAAAAGAAGAAAAUAAUGAAGAACCAAGGGAAAAUUUAGCAAUUAUGUGUCUAAGAUCUCAAGUGUUUAACAAUCUUGGAGUACAGUGUGUGUUAAAAAAUCGUUACGAGGAAGCAAUGCGACUCUUUCGAAUUUCUCUUUCCUGUUUUUCAGAACUGCAGGCCGAUAGAUUCCCUCUCGUCCGUUUGUCUGUUCGUUCGUCCUUAGUUAAAUCUCGAGAAAAGCGUUAAGAUGGAUGAAAACCGAGAAAGGAUACGGAAAGCUUAGGGACCAAAGACCUCGCUUAACUGGAUAGAAUUUCCGGCCUGGAACGGAAGUGACGUGAUUUUAUAAAAUUAUAGGAUGAUUAAAAAUUGCGUCACAAUAAAUAAUUGAUUAUAAUUAAGCAAACUAUGCAAACGAGCUUAUCGUAAUCAAGCAAAGAAAUUUACAUCAUUUUGUUAUGUUUAUUUAAUUAGUUUAUUACAAUAAAAAUUUUUAUAUUUAAUUAAUGAUAUUUUCCCACAAAGUAUUAUCAUCAUUUCCUCCGGAA